UGGGAGAUUUUUAUAAUACGGUAUUCCCGAGAACGUGCUCCGGAGCUCAGCUGUCGUGCUCUUCCUUUAACCUCUUCAGGCAAGAAGCUGCUGUCUUCACCAUGGCCUCCAUUUCUAGACCGAUUAAUGAGUUCUGCCUUGACCUUUAUAAAGAGUACAACAAAAAUGCAGAGGGCAUGAAUAUCAUCUUCUCUCCGAUGAGCAUCUCUAUUGCCCUGGCCCUGGUCGAGUUGGGUGCAAAGCACAACAGUGCUGCUCAGAUAGAAAAAGUGCUUCAUUUGAGGAAAGCUACAGGAAGAAUGAGCCUUGGAUCCACUCCUGAGACCACAGCUCCAGAAAUCGAGCUGGAUCAAAGCCAGGAAAGACAGCCUUACUUCUCACUGGGUAGCACGGAUGGGGGAACUCACCAUGAAGAGUUCCAUGCACUGCUUCUACAACUACAAAACCUUGACAAAAGAUAUAUUUUGAGCCUGGCCAACAAUCUGUUUGUGCAACAGGAAUUUGAAUUCCGGCAGCAAUAUUUAAUGUGUGCUAAGGAACUAUAUGGAGCAAUACUGCAAACAGUUGAUUUUCAAAAUGCUCUUGAAGCAGCCAGAGAAAAAAUUAACUCUUGGGUUGAAAGUGAGACACAAGGUAAAAUCACGGAACUCUUUGCUCCUGGUGUGCUCGACUCACAUGCAGUGCUGGUGCUGGUGAAUGUAAUCUACUUCAAAGCAUCUUGGGAACACAAGUUUGAGGAAAAAAAUACAGUACAGAGAGAUUUUAGACUGAAUCAGAAUGAGAGCAAACCUGUACAGAUGAUGUAUCAGAAAGGCAAGUUUAAAUUAAGCUACAUUGAGGAGAUUGGUGCUCAGAUCCUUGAACUCCCUUAUGUUCAGAAGUCACUGAGUAUGAUUAUCCUGCUGCCAGAUGACAUGGCUGAUGGAUCUACCAAUGGGCUGGAACAGAUUGAAAAGGCAAUGACCUAUGAAAAGUUAGUGCUGUGGACCUCUUCCGAACACAUGUCUGGGGGAACAGUGGAGGUGUAUCUCCCACGAUUUAAGCUUGAAGGCAGCUUUGACCUCAACUUGUUCUUACAAGCAAUGGGGAUGACUGAUGUCUUCCUUGAAUCAAAAGCUGAUCUCUCUGCAAUGUCAUUUUCAAAAACUCUGUUUCUGUCAAAGGUUGUCCACAAGACCUAUGUGGAAGUCAAUGAGGAAGGCACCAUAGCAGCAGGCGCUACAGGAGCUGAAAUUGUAAGGAGAUCUCUUCCUUUCACUGAGGUGUUUAUGGCUGACCACCCUUUCUUAUUCUUUAUUAGGCAUAAUCCCACCGAUAGUAUUCUUUUCCUUGGCAAGCUCUGCUCACCUUAAAAUCAAGGCUGUUUUCUAGAAUUGUAAGAAACACUGAAAAAUGAUGAAAAUCAGCAAUAGUCCCCAAUGCAUUCUUAAUCCUUUGACAGCCACCUUGUAUUUCAAAGGAAUUCACUGCAGACAUUUUAGCUUAGAACCAUGAGUUGGACACUCCUUGAAUGGCAGGUUUUGAUCUGGCUUGACACCAUGAGUAAAUUUUGCCUGAAUCUCACUGGAUUUGAAGAACAUUCUGUUUCCUCAAGUCCCAUAUAUGCUUCUAUAUCUCUUACAGUUCUCCAGCCCAACCAUGAAGCAUAGAACAGCACCUGCCUGGUCCUGCAAAGAUGGAGCUGGUACUCUGAUGUCUGGGGAGAACUGUCUGUAACAGUUUUCAGUAACUGCCAGUAAAAACAGAGUAACCCUGCCCUGUAUUUCAUGAUUCCUAGCCAUCUGGGUCCUGAUCAACAGAAAGAUGCUUUAAAAACUCUUUUUGCUUAUCCACAUUCUGUAGCUGUAGCAAAUCCUUUGCACAGUGGAGAUCUGCCUUUGAUAAUUCCCUUUUCUACAGCAACAGUUGCAGCCAAGCAGGAGAUACUUAUUUACAGCAAAUAUACAUAUGAACUGAAAACUGUACCACUUUCUUUCCAGUGAUGUGUACUGGAUCUGCCUUUGUGUUAUUCUGUGCUACAUAAAAGCUUUAUGCUAGAAGCAG